AUGGCCAAGCGACCUCAAAACCUCGAUCUGAGCGGCCUUCGAGGUCACGACCGCCUUUCUAGUCGCUCUCGCCCAAACUUCCACAUGGACCUGCCGUCGCCUCGAGCUGGUGAAAUUCCGCCAGCACUCUCUCCGCUCGAUGCGUUCGCCCUGCAUUCGCGCACUCUGGCUAAGAAGCUGGAGGAAAGCUCAAAGGCUGGAAGACGUAUGAGCAGGCUGCCACACCAGGACAUUGCCGACGAACUCGCAAAACGACCCGGUUACUUUAGAUCCGUCUCGAGCGGCGUAGAGAGUCUGUACGACGACGAUCAAGAGGAGGACGACUUUGAUGAAGACGAAGCGCGAUACCAACCACCCCGACUGCAGGCCCAGACGCCCAAUGGUGCUGUUUACCGACCAGUAUCGCACUAUCCUAUGCUAGGAAAUGUUGUUCGUGACGACCAAGAUGUUCCCAGUGUACCGACGCCCAUCCAGGAGGCCGAGACGGAACGAGACACGAAAGGAUACUUCGGCAUCGAGGUGCCGCGCUCUUCCUCCCCCGAGCCAUUCGACUCUAGGAAUAUCAAAACCGACGAUGCUUCUCCAGCGUUGCCCAGUCUGACUAGCAGUAUUGACUCAAUACAAUCAUCGCAACCGAGGACUUUGACCAACGAGUCGUCCAGGAGACAGGAUAACAACCUGGCACCGCCCCGGUCGCCUAACCAUCCGAGAUCAGCUCGCAGUAUAGCCAGUAUCAGGUCCGUGAUUGAUAGUGCCGAGGAGGACAAUGGCAGUCCUUCUGGCUCGCUUGAGGUUGGUCCGUCAAAGAAAAUGCGCACCCCCUUUAGUCCGGAAAUGCUGCCUGUGUCUCUCUCACCAUCCGCCCUGUCUGAAUACUCAGUGUCCUCGGAUUUACCUCGCCCAAGUUUCAACUUUUCUAGACCUCGUAGCAGCUCAGUGGCUCGCUCAGUCGCGGAGAACAAUUUGACAGUCGAUUCAAAUCGUGCUGCGGAACGCCAGGGCUCCAACGAUUCUUCCGUGUCUCAAACUGCCAGAAGCGCACACUCAACACAAACGAUGCGCAUGAGAAAUCCAAUCGAGCGUCAGAACUCAGACAGCGCGACAGACAUUUCGGGUGCUCUGUCAGACAGAGAUGGCUUUAGCGGUGAGGAGACACCAGUUGUUCACCCCGGACCUGGCGCACCUUCAUAUGUUUAUUCCAAGUACUCGCUUCCCCGAGGACGCAUGCUCGAUCGUGACUCGCUAGAAGCAAGAGCCUCAUGGGCCCAGCACCAAUUCAAAUGGGAGCAGCAGCCUGUAGGAUUGGAGCCGAAGAUCGUCGAGAGUCCUCUGCCCAGUCCGAAUCUUGACAACCCAAGGCUCGGUCUCGGACCUAGCACACCACGUGGACAAAGCCCGGCAUCGGGGCCGAAUCGUAACAGGUCGACUGAACGUCCAACGCCCUCGCCCAGCCGAUUGACCAAAAAGCCCCCUCCCUCGAUUGCGUCUGAAAGUACUGGUCGCACUAUCAGAGCAGGUGCGCAUGUUAGAAACAGUCCAUCUGCCGAUAUAGCUGGUCUAUCUCCUGAGCAGCAUCUCGAGAAAGGCAUCGAGUGUCAUUCCUCAGGCUCUUUGAGUAAAUCUACAUAUCAUCUACGCUUGGCCGCCAGGGCUGGGCUCCCAACGGCAAUGCUUCUAUAUGCCCUUGCGUGUCGACAUGGAUGGGGUAUGCGCCCCAACCAAGCUGAGGGUGUUUCAUGGCUCAGACGUGCGGUCGAUUCAGCUGGAGUUGAAUUUAUCGAAGACGGAACUACGGAUGGCUCGCAAGCAGUAUCUAAAGAGCAGAAAGCUCGCAAAGCCCAGUUCGCGCUUGCCAUUUAUGAACUUGGCAUGUCGUAUAUGAACGGUUGGGGUAUACCCAAAGACAAGCCGCUCGCAGUCAGAUGCUUCGAGAUCGCUGGAAGCUGGGGCGAUACAGAUGCUCUCGCCGAAGCAGGAUUCUGUUACACUCAGGGCGUUGGUUGCAGGAAAGAUCUCAAGAAAGCCGCAGAGUUUUAUCGUCAGGCUGCCGACAAGGGUAUGAGCAUGGCGGGUAACAGCUGGAUUUACAAGCCCAAAUACAUGCCGGAUCCACCACCCCGGGAGGAAACUCCUGAGCCUGUGAAGAAAUCACGCGGCAGGUCCAGAACCCUCUUCGGUCGCAAGAAGGCGCCAGUAGAGUCGUAG